GCCGCCGCGGCUGCUGCCAGACCUCGCCAGUUCAGACCCACCGGGCUGCCCUCCCCUGCGCUCUCGUUUCCCUGCCGGGGCCAGUGGCUGCAGCGCCACCGCGCAGGUUCACAAUGUUAAGAGCCAUUUUCCUAACAAUGCUGACUCUGGCACUGGUAAAGUCACAGGAUACUGAAGAAACCAUCACAUACACGCAAUGCACAGAUGGUUAUGAGUGGGACCCUGUAAGACAGCAGUGCAAAGAUAUUGAUGAAUGUGACAUUGUCCCAGACGCUUGCAAAGGUGGGAUGAAAUGCGUCAACCACUACGGAGGAUACCUCUGCCUUCCUAAAACUGCCCAGAUUAUUGUCAAUAAUGAACAACCUCAGCAAGAAACAACAGCAGCCGAAACUGUGGGUGCAGCAGCAAAUGCAGCCGCAACCUCAGGUGCAACCCCUGGGGGUGCAGCAGCCAGUGGCAUGGCAGCCAGUGGCGUGAUGCCUGGGGGCGGUUUUGUCGCCAGUGCCGCUGCAGUUGCAGGCCCUGAAGUGCAGACUGGCCGAAAUAACUUUGUCAUCAGGAGGAACCCAGCUGACCCUCAGCGUAUUCCUUCCAACCCUUCGCACCGGAUCCAGUGUGCAGCAGGCUAUGAGCAGAGUGAGCAAAAUGUGUGCCAAGACAUAGAUGAGUGUUCUGCAGGGACACACAACUGCAGAGCUGACCAGAUGUGCAUCAAUUUGCGGGGCUCCUUCACUUGUCAGUGCCGUCCCGGCUAUCAGAAGAGAGGAGAGCAGUGUGUAGACAUAGAUGAAUGCACCGUGCCUCCAUACUGUCAUCAAAGAUGUGUGAAUACACCAGGAUCGUUUUACUGCCAGUGCAGUCCUGGGUUUCAGUUGGCAGCAAACAACUAUACCUGUGUAGACAUAAAUGAAUGUGAUGCCAGCAACCAGUGUGCUCAGCAAUGCUACAACAUUCUUGGUUCCUUCAUCUGCCAAUGUAAUCAAGGAUAUGAGCUGAGCAGUGACAGGAUCAAUUGUGAAGAUAUUGAUGAAUGCAGAACCUCAAGCUACCUUUGUCAAUAUCAAUGUGUCAAUGAACCUGGGAAAUUCUCAUGCAUGUGCCCACAGGGGUAUCAAGUGGUGAGAAGUAGAACAUGUCAGGACAUAAAUGAGUGUGAGACCACAAAUGAAUGCCGGGAAGAUGAAAUGUGUUGGAAUUACCAUGGCGGCUUCCGUUGUUACCCAAGGAAUCCUUGUCAAGAGCCUUACGUUCUAACAUCAGAGAACCGAUGUGUUUGCCCUGUCUCGAAUGCUGUGUGCCGAGAACUCCCCCAGUCCAUCGUGUACAAGUACAUGAGCAUCCGGUCUGACAGGUCGGUGCCAUCAGACAUCUUCCAGAUACAAGCCACAACCAUUUAUGCCAACACUAUCAAUACUUUUCGGAUUAAAUCUGGAAAUGAAAAUGGAGAGUUCUAUCUAAGACAAACAAGUCCUGUAAGCGCAAUGCUUGUGCUGGUGAAAUCACUAUCAGGACCAAGAGAAUACAUCGUGGACUUGGAGAUGCUAACAGUCAACAGUAUAGGGACCUUCCGCACAAGCUCGGUGUUAAGAUUGACAAUAAUAGUGGGGCCAUUUUCAUUUUAGUCUUUGAAGAGUCCACUAUACGCAUUUAAACCAGCCAAAGAAUAUUGUUACCUUAAAGUACUAUUUUAUUUAUAGAUAUAUCUAGUACAUCUACAUCUAUAUAUUGUACACUCACCAAUGAUUCAAACAUUUACACCAUAGUAUAAAAUGAGUAUUUAAUCUGUAAAGAUUCAAAGUUUUUCUUUCUAACCAUAUGUAAAUUAGACAUUAAUACACUAAACUGGUCUUCUUCAAUAGAGCUAAGCAUACUCUGUCCAGUGAAACUUGGAUUCUUUUCUGUAAAAGUGGGACCCAGCAAUGAUUAUCUUCUGUGAUGCUUAAGGAAACUUACUACGGCUCCACUGGUCUCAUAAGGAGGCAGUGAUUAUAGUAUUGAAUAGCAUGCAAGUUCCAUAAAUGAGUUUUUUAACUGCUUUGUAAGAAAAUGGAAAAAAAGUCAAUAAAUAUAUAUUUCUUAUAAA